AUGGAUACAACCUUACCUGAUCUGGGCUCUAUAUUUUUGGCUUCUGCUCAAUCAUGCUCACAAGUCCUUCUAGUGUGCGUUGCGGGAUUUCUCGCGGCAAAACUUGAAUUAAUAACAACAAACAUACAAAAGAAUCUUUCGAGUCUAAUAAUAAACAUUUUUAUGCCAUGUUUCUUAUUUUCGAACGUUGCUUCCAGUGUUACUGUCGAAACAUUAAUAAGUCUUUGGCCAAUACCUGCUUUUUUCUUCAUAUUUAUAACAAUUGGUUCAGGCCUUGGUUUAUUAAGCGGAACAUUGCUAAAAUUAAAUAAUGUUUCAAAUACAAAGUUUGUUAUAACUGGAAUUAUUUUUAAUAAUGUAACGAGCCUUUCUCUGGGCUUGCUAAGAGGUAUCGAAAAAACGGACGCCAUCAUGAUUUUGAAAUGGUAUCCCGAUGACACUCCGAAUGUUAUUGCCAAACGGGGGAUUUCUUAUGUUUUGCUUGCCACGCUUUGGACAAAUUUAUUAAGAUGGUCUCUUGGUGCAUAUUUACUGAAAAAAGAAACACGUUCGUUAAUUCCACAACAUAAUUUCGAUGAAAUAACAGAUAUAACAGAAAAUGAUCCAUCAAAGCGACCUGUUGCAGAUGAAAUAACACCACUCUUGGCAUCCCAAAGAAUAUUACAUCCCUAUGUGGAAAGAUUGCACCCAGUUUGGUCGCGUGUAAAGACAAUUUUCAAAUUUAAAUUCAUGAAUCCACCAUUAUAUGCUGCAUUGGUGGCAUUAGUUAUUGUUGCAAUUCCUCCAUUGAAAUCUUUCCUUUUCGACAAAAACGCACCUUUUAUGCCACUUACACAAGCAGUGGAAUAUAUUGGUUCGGUUUCCGUUCCUUUGACGUUAUUAACUCUCGGUGCACAAUUAAAAAACCUCUCAAUUUCAAAGAGUAAGAGUAUUGCUCAUAUGAUAGCUUAUGUUUUAACUUGUCGGCUUAUAAUAAUGCCGGUCAUAGGUACUGUGAUGGUAAUGUUGACCAGAGAUUGGUAUUUAAAUGAUCCGAUGUUAUGGUUUGUUCUAAUAUUAAUGGCAAGUGGGCCAACGGCUGUAAAUUGUAUGAAUUUGGCUCAACUUACUGACAAUUUUCAAGAAGAAAUGUCUGCUUUGUUAUUUUACGGUUAUGUAGCUGCAAUUCCAAUGGUUACUUUCUUGAUGAUGAUUGUUUUAAGUCAUUUUAAAGAGAUUUUAUAUUUUAAUUAA